AUGAAUGUAAUUUCAAAUCUACAUUAGCAUAACUUAGAAGACAGAUAUAACAUUAAAAAGAGUAUUUUUUAUAAAAUUUAAGAAUGUCAAAAGAAAUAAUAAUUUUCCAUAGUAGAAGAUAGUGAUAUUACUUGUAUUGAGAAGUGUCCUGAAAAAUAUUACUAUUUAGAUCAAUCUACUAACUUUUGUAUUCCAUGCUAAAAUGGUUGCGUAUUAUGCAGUUAAGAUAAAUGCUUGUAAUGUGAUGAGAAAUUUUAAUCUAAAAUGAGUUACAAUAGCAAAGAGUUUAUUUGUCUUCCAAAAGAUUAUACUGAAAACAAAUCUAUGUUAUAAAUAAAUGCAUGCAAAAUUGAAAAUUGUAAAAUUUGUAAGCAAAAUCAAAAUUAAUAAACUUACUGCGAUUAGUGUGAUUAAGGAUUGGCUCUUUCUUACAAUUUUUACUAAUAAUUUUGUACACAGUGUCAAAAUCACAAUUAAAAACAAUCUGAUAAUUUUUGUUUAUCUAAACACUAAGGUAAGUAUUUGUAAUUUGAUCACUAUGAAAAUGAUAUUAAAGAAGAAUUUUGUGAAAACUGCACAAAUGAUUUAGAAUGCUUAGAAUGCAAGAUAAAUAAACAGUAAGCAUUAAGCUCUUAGUGUAACUAUUUUGAUUUAAAUGGAUUUUGUAUUAAGGAUUUAGAAAAUGAAUUAGAAAAUAGCAAGUUCCACAUUUGUCAAAAUAACAAAUUUUAAUAAGCUUUUGAACGCUUUACUAGUUAAUGUAUGCAUUUUUAUGAUCCAAAUUGUUUAAGUAUUAAUAAAAUAAUGAACAUUUGCAUUAAAUGUAAGGAAGGUUUUUUUAUGGAUCCUGCUCUGAAUUAUUGUAGAAAAUGCCAUGAUUCUUGUAGAGAAUGCCACAAUUAAACAUAAAUUUGCAGUGAUAAUGUACAUUCAUUAAGAAAUCUCGAAAAUCAAUAAAUCUGUCAAUAGGAAAAUUGUCAAGUCUGUAAUUCCAACUAAAAAUGCAUUUAGUGCAUGAGCGGAUAUUAUUUGGAUACAAAUAAUGCUUGCUAGCUCUGUCCCAGUAACUGUUCAACUUGUUCUAGCUCUAACCCUUAAAUAUGCACUUCUUGUAAUGAAUUUUACUAUAUCAAUACUAAAAGUGGUACUUGCAAUUUCUGUGAAGAAGGUUACUACAAUCAAAACUAAUCAACAGACCCUAAAAAUGUAAUUUGUGGUUUAUGCGAUUCAACUUGUGAUACAUGUAAUGGUCCUUUAAAUACCGAUUGCAUUAGUUGCAGCUACUCGCUUUCCAAAAGCCUGCUAACUGGAACAUGCUAAAUGAGUAACCAAAUUUAAAGCGAGAUUGAUUUAUAUAAUCAAAUAAGAAAUCUAAAUUGUUUAUGGGUUGAUAGAAACAAGUGCUAAGAAUAAUAAGAAUAAUCUUAAAAGCUGAGUAAUGUAAACUAUUAAUUAUAGCUUGCCUCUAUUAUUAUAGGAAGUACUGUGGGAAUUAUUUCCCCUGAAGUUAGUAGUUCUGUUUGGUUUUAUUUGCAGAAUUAAUAAUUAAUAGGCAAUAGCUAUUUCCUCAUUUUUAUAAUCAUAACUUUUGUUUUGCAUAUUUCAGUGAUUUGCUUUUCUUUAGUAGUUCCUGUAACAAACUACAUUAUUGAAUAUUGUAAAAAAAAGAGAGAAGCUAAUGCAAAUGUUACUUGUAACUAAACUCAGAACAAGUAAAAGGAUUAAGUAAACAAAUAAUUUAACACCUUAAGUAUGAGUACAAUUUCAUGUUAAUCAGAUAGUGACUGUGAUUUUAAUUUUUAUUGUAGCUCUGACUAGACUUGCCUUCAUGAGCCUAUUUGGCCUCCAUCAGUUUUAGAUGUAAUUACAUAUUUAUUGAUUCCAAUAGUAGUAGGUAUUGGAAAUGUUGGAGGAUUAGGUGGCGGUAUUGUAAAAGUCCCAAUGGUUAUGCUCAUGCUAAACUACGAAACAAAAAUAGCCACAUUUAUAUCUUACUGUGUAUUAUUUGGGAGUUGCUUAGCUAAUUCGACUCUUCUUAUUUUUAAAAAGCACCCUUUAUAUGAUAAGCCCAUAAUUGAUUAUAACAUAGUCUUAAUGAUUAAUCCUAUGGUGCUUUUAGGAACUAACAUAGGUAUUUUCUUAAAUAUACUUUUACCUGAAAUAGCUGCUGGUAUACUCUUUAUAGGCUUUUUGAUUCUGGUAUCUCCAUAUAUGUUCAAAAAAGGAUUAAAUCUGUACAAGCUAAAAAAGGAGCAACAAAAGAACUAAUUAAGUCAAAGCCUUUUAGAAAACGAUUAAGAAAAUGAAACUAAAGAGGGAUUUUCUAAGUAAGAAACUGGAAAAGAUAUGAGUAAUUACUUGGCAAUUAAUCAUGAUUCCAGCAUGAAUGAUUGUGGAUAUGAAGAAUCUAGUUUAAAAAAUGCCAAGAAGGCAAUAAAUCAUUAAGAUGUAAUUGAAACAGAGUCUAUCACUGCUUUAAAUACCAGAUCUUAGACUAAUAAUUAAAAAAAUGGAUGUUAGAUGAAUACUUCAAAAGCACUUUUAAGGUCUCAUCAAAUUGAAGAAGAAAUAGCUAUAGAGAGAUCAAACUCCUAUUUUUAAGCUUAAGAAACAAAUGACGAUCGCUUGAAAAGAUAAUCAAUUUUGAUAGGCCAUAAUUCUAUCAAAGAUAAUGAAGUAUCAUAUAACUAAAAAUAUGUUGAUCCAACUAGUACUGAAGAAUUAGAAGCAUUUUAUUAAGAAGAAUAUAAAUAAGUUCCGACAAAAAAACUUCUAUUGCUAAUAGUGGUCUUCUUCUCUGUAUAAAUGCUUGUUUUUAUCAGAGGUGGAAAAGGAUUAAAGAGUUUUGUAGGAAUUACAACGUGUUCAAUUAGCUAUUGGAUUACAAAUGCGGGAAUAUUGGUACUAGCAGUUGCUGCGGUUUUUGUAAUCAGAUUUUUCCUUUUAAAGUGGGAGAAAAAUAAGAAGAUUUUAAUAGAAAAAUAUAAUUUAAAAGAAGAAUUUGCUGAUGAUUUAGAUGUUACUAAUAGUAUUAUGUAUGCAAAAAUUUCAGUGGCAGGUUUGACUGCUGGUAUGCUAGCUGGUACAUUUGGUGUAGGUGCAGGACUAGCUCUUGUUCCUAUCUUAUUAGCAUCCGGAGUAAAUCCUUAGGUGGCAGCUGCAACAUGCGGAUUUAAUUAUUUCUUUAUCUCAACUACAACAAUCAUUCAAGUCUUUACAAAUAGUUAUUUAGAUUUAUCGCAGAUUGUAUUGUUUAGUAUCCUCUCUUUUAUUGGUGGUUUUGUAAUAGCUAAAUUUAUUUAUAACUUCGUUGAAAGAAAAAAGGCAAGUUAUCUGGUUGUUUUUAUGGUUUUUGGUUUAGCAAUACUAAAUAUUAUUUCGUUUAUAAUCUAUCUCACCAAAAAAGGAGUUAGGUAUGGAGGGGAUAGUUUAAUUAAUCAAACUCCAUUUUGUGAAGCUUAAUGA